AUGCUGGAUUUAGUAAAAAAGGAGCAAGCCAAAGAGCAACAGGCCGAAUUAGCUCAAAAAAAGUUAGCCCAAUUAAGCCAAUUAUUAGACAAAAUUGAUGAAGUUAGAGCCAUUAAUUCCGAUGAACCUGAAACUUGGGAUAGUGAUACCCUUUACAAUCUAGUCGAAGAUUUAAAAAAGGCUUUGGAAUUACUGGAAGACCAAAAAAUAGAUGAAUACCAAUCAGAAGAGGAAGAAGCCAGCGAAGACUUUUAA